CGCACGCACGGACCAAAACCGCCAACCCGUCCGACCCACGCGCCCCGCUCCCGCGCGCGCAUGCCGCCGCCCAGCCUCCCCGCCGCGCAGGACCAGGCCGCCCCCGCCUCCGCCGCCGUCCGCCGCGCGGGCAAGGGCAAGAGGGUCCACCCGCUGCCCGACGGCGCCGCGAUGGGGGAGGAGAAGCCGAAGCCGGCGCCGGCGACGAGGAGGCCCGCGGCGGACUGGCUGACGCCCGCGGGGGUGGCCGGCAUCCUGGCGCGGCACCCGCUGCCGGCCCUCUUCGCGUGCGGGCUGCUGCUCUUCAUGGGCGUCGAGUACACCAUCCCCAUGGUCCCCGCCGCCGCGCCCCCGCUCGACCUCGGCUUCGUCGCCACCGCCGCCAUGCACGCCGGGAUCGAGGCCAGGCCCUGGCUCAACUCGCUCCUCGCCGCGCUCAACACGGUGUUCGUCGCGAUGCAGGCCGCCUACAUCCUGUGGGCCAUCCUCGUCGAGCAGCGCCCGCGCGCCGCCAUCGCCACGCUCAUGAUGUUCACCUGCCGCGGCCUCCUCGGCUGCUCCACGCAGCUGCCCCUGCCGGCGGAGUUCCUGGGAUCCCCAAUGGACUUCCCCGUGGGAAACGUCUCCUUCUUCCUCUUCUACUCAGGGCAUGUUGCUGGUGCGGUGAUCGCGUCCCUCGACAUGCGCCGUGUGGGACGGUACAGGCUGGCGGGCCUCUACGACGCGCUCAACCUGGCUCAGGUGGUCAGGCUGCUCGCGUGCAGAGGGCACUACACCAUCGACCUGGCUGUCGGUGUCGGCGCGGGUCUCCUCUUCGACAUGCUUGCUGCCAGGUACCUGGAGAGCAAGAACGUUGACGUGACCCGUUGCUGCAGCAACUGCCAAAAGGUCUCACAGAAGCUUACAUCAUAGGUCCAUCGAUGGCCAUGGAUAUGGGGUGGAUUGGACAUUUAUCCAUGUCAAUUUUUAUGUAAGAGGCUUCAGAUACUACUUGCUGAUCCGUGAUUGUUGUAACCUGUGUUUGCCCUAUGUGAGCUGUAACAUCUUCUGAAAUGCAAGUAUCAGAAGUUUCAAGUA